UGGUUGGCUGAAAAGGCUUCAUUACAGUUGCAUAGCGAUCCUCCUGGUGCGGCUUUAGAGACAACGACAGAAAAAAAUGAAGAGUUAGCCGUGCACGAGCAAUGUACAGGCUGCUUUUACUAACAGCUGGGUGACUCCCCGCGGUGUGCUGGAGUUGCUAUGAAGGCGGGGGCCUCGUCCAUGUGGGCAUCAUGCUGUGGUCUGCUGAAUGAGGUGAUGGGUACUGGGGCCGUAAGAGGGCAGCAGCCAGGUUUCGGGGCAGGUGCGGGGCCGUUUCGUUUCGCGCCUACUGCCGGAUACUCCACAUACCCGCCCGCCAACUCCAACAGCACCAGCCUGGUGUGUCAAGCCUGUAGACAAGCGUUCUCUGUCUUCAGGAGGAGGUACAUCUGUUGUGACUGUACGAAGAGUUUCUGUUCACUCUGCUCGGUUCUUCAAGAAAACCUGCGCAGAUGCACAACUUGUCACCUACUGAAGGGCACUGCAUUCCAGCGGUCGCAGCUCAUGCGUCUGCGUGUUAAAGACCUGCGGCAGUACCUCAUGUUACGCAACAUUAACACUGAUACCUGCAGGGAGAAGGAGGAUCUUGUGGACUUGGUGCUUUGUCAUCAUGGUGCAGAAAGUGAGGAUGAUCCUGAUACACCUUCUCUGCAGUCCCACCCUUUGUAUAGCCCACCACCUUUAAUCGAAGAGCCCACUUCCCCUCUCUCAGCACUCUCUCCAACUCGAGAACCAAUCAGUAGGAGCAACAGCUCCGAGUCCACCAAUCAGGAUAUUGAGGACUCCACUUCAGUCUCACUCCUUAACCUUGACCAGACAGAACACACGCCAGAGGUUAGUCCUCAGACACGGCGACGGGCUAGAGCGUCUCUGUCAGACCUGUCCUCGCUGGAUGACGUGGAGCAGUUGACUGUCCGGCAGCUGAAGGAGAUCCUGGCGAGGAACUUUGUAAGCUUCUCUGGCUGCUGUGAGAAGUGGGAGCUGGUGGAGCGCGUCAGGAGGCUUUAUCGGGAGAACGAGGACAAUCGCAAAUCUAUGGAAAACGUGAGCAACCCCAUCACUGCAGUGGUAGCUUAUCCCCCUCCAAUCUGCAAUGGCGGAAUCGGAGAUAGUUGCAGGACACAGUUAUCGAAUGACGAUAACCUGUGUCGAAUCUGCAUGGACGCGGUCAUCGACUGUGUGCUGCUGGAGUGCGGUCACAUGGUCACCUGCACCAAAUGCGGGAAGCGCAUGAGCGAAUGCCCAAUAUGCAGACAAUACGUUAUCAGGGCCGUGCAUGUUUUCAAGUCCUAAUACUUUUAGGAAUACCCCCCUGCUCCCUCUGUUUUGCAUUAAGGACGCAGCAAGUGCCCCAUCGUCGAGAAAGAUAAAGUUCUCAGCGUAAUUUUUCAUGAAGCUUCAGGACGCCUUCAGCCUGGGAUCCGCAAUGGCUUUGUCAAUAGACGCUUCAGUAAGAACAUUCCUCAAGCUCUUCAAUGAGGCUUUGUUUUAAUAUGCAAUUGUUCAGCUGCAACACCUCACAACCUCGACCCGAUGUCCUGCAGCUUUCUGCUCACCUGUCACAUGCAAGCACUGUGAGAAACUCAAAGAACAGAACAAUGAGAGUUACUCAAGUGUUUUAUUAUCAUUGUGCACCAUAACUCAGCAUCUGAAAGUUCCUGUUGCUCUUCUACUUCUCUUCUUGUCAGUGGGAUUUUGUUUCUUGCUUGGAUUUUGUAGCAUCUUGGAUUAUUAUUAAUUUUUUUCGAACAAAGUUUGGAGUUCCUACAAGUAACAUUGUAGCUCCUGAUAACUUGGCAUUGGGACCAUUCGAGGACUGAGAGAAAGAGGAAAUGUUUUGUGGUCAUUCUCAUUCUUUUGUUUUGUAAUCCUAUGACUUCCAUUGUCCAAAAGUCUUCGGAGAUUUGCAGGUUUGUUAGUCACCGCGUGUGUGGCUGGAAGACCAGCAUAUGUAUCGGUGUAUGUGGUGAGAUUAAUAAAAGAAGGUGGAACUGUUUUGUAUGCAAA